UAGAAGAUCCAAGGAAUCAAGUCUUCUAGACAAUACUAGGGAGUUGUCAAAGUGGGAGUAGACGUAGUAGUCAGUAAUUUACCCGUUACCACUCAAUUAAACCGAAAAAGCGAAGAACAUUCUAACUGAGGCUGCACGUGGAGACUCGUCCAUAGCUAGGCCUAACUUUUGGUCGCUGUGGCUUUUUCCGAGUUUAGGAAUUUUGAAGGAGAUGCCACACAAAGAUUUUGACCCGUGUCGCCCUGGUCCACUUCGCCAGUCGUCUAUCACUGAUCCAGGACACAGUGGUAUAAACCAACUGGGAGGUAUUUACGUCAACGGUCGGCCGCUGCCAGACUCCACCAGACAGAAGAUCGUAGAACUGGCCCACAGCGGCGCGAGGCCCUGCGACAUCUCCCGUAUUCUUCAGGUUUCUAAUGGUUGUGUUUCCAAGAUCCUCGGCCGAUAUUACGAAACCGGAUCCAUCCGACCCCGAGCUAUCGGGGGAAGCAAACCCCGUGUGGCCACACCUUCUGUGGUGGCCAAAAUUGCUCAUUACAAACGGGAGUGUCCCUCCAUUUUUGCCUGGGAGAUUCGAGAUAGACUGCUGUCUGAUGGAGUAUGCAAUAACGAUAACGUUCCCAGUGUUUCGUCGAUUAAUCGAGUUUUACGAAAUCUUGCGGCUAAAAAGGAACAACAAGCGCAAGAUACUGUUUACGAUAAAUUGCGCCUGCUCAAUGGACAAGCUUGGCCUCGCCCAAACCCAUGGUACCCUGGUAGUGCAACGUUUGGUGGGAUAACACCCGCUUGUAUUCCUCCUCCAAUCACUGCAUCAGGACACCACAGUGACAAUGGCCAAGUCCAGAAAAAGGAAGGCGACAGUGGAAAUGAUAGCUCUAGUCGGAGCGACCCUGGCGGAAGUGGUGAUGAGGAUAAUGAGGCACGACUGCGAUUGAAAAGAAAAUUACAGAGAAAUCGAACUUCAUUUACUCCCGAGCAAAUCGAAGCUUUAGAAAAAGAGUUUGAAAGAACUCAUUAUCCAGACGUAUUUGCCCGUGAACGGUUGGCAGCCAAGAUAGACUUACCAGAAGCUAGAAUACAGGCUCUUUCUGUUCAGGUCUGGUUUUCGAACCGCAGAGCCAAGUGGAGACGCGAGGAAAAAUUACGCAACCAACGGAGGGUUGCCGAGCAAGCUGCUGUGGCGGCAGCAGCUGCCAACUCAACUCCUGCUCGACUCUCUCUGAAUUCAGGUUUCCCAAAUGCUCUCUACCCGGGGAUAGGACAGCCAAUGGCUAGUAUGACCGAUUCUUACAGCUCCAUUCCACCGAUGUCCACUUACUCUAUGUCCAACAAUAUGGCACCUAGUUCUUGUCUCCAGCAACAAACACCAUCUUAUUCCUGCAUGCUACCAUCAGGGAGUGCUAGAAACUAUGACCCUCUCUCCCUUGGUAGCUAUGGCAGGCCUUCUUGUCCAACAGCACAACCAUAUGUCAUGCAGCCUAUAAAUGGUCAAUUUGCAACGGUCAACAAUGGCAGCGCUGGGUCAACAGGUCUAAUAUCACCAGGGUUAUCUGUCCCAGUGCAAGUUCCUUCCCAGCCUGGUGAACUGAAUAUGUCCACAGCUUAUUGGCCAAGGAUCCAGUGACCCUGGGAGCGUCAGAAGCACGUGUGUACAGGAAAGAGACUAGCUUUUGACGCUGUUAAUUAGCAUCUUUAACUACUUCUCGUCCGGUUGAACCAUGUGAAACUGUGGAAUUUACGAUUGGUUUAUCUGAUGAAACUGAAAUUUUCACAGGACUGUGGAGAACGUUAGAUAGCAUGCUGUUAUCGAAAAGACCUCAAAGAUUGUGCUCGAAUUACCAAAAAUAUCAGCAUAUGAUAAUACCGUACUCGGGAAAUUUACCAUGAGAUUGGAAUAUUAUUGAAUGGCUUUUAAGCAUUGACAUCAUCAUUACUGAAACACCCCCUUGACUUUACCUAGUCUUCCGGUUUAUCAGUACUUUGGAUGUUUGUAAUAUACUUCUUUGGUUUUCUCAAAAGCUGUGAAUUUGAGAUGUAAAGUUUCCUUAUCAAAUGCAAGAGUUGAGACAUUGGAAGCUGCAACAAAUAUUUCUUGCUUGUUACACAAUUCUGUAUGUAUACUUUCACAAGUGAUGUAAAUUAUUGUACAGCUAACUUUGAAACGACCGUGAAUAACCUUAAACGAAUCUAUGAAUAUAUAUAUAUAUAUAUAUCUUUUUUUAUAUUAAAAUAAAUCAAAUUUAGUAUAGUGCGCUCUUGUUGUUGCAACAUGAUUUUAAGAACGUCUUUGUAGCAUGCUGUAACAGUUUGUAAAUUAGUGCAAAAAUAAUUCCAUGAGUUUACAAAUGUAACCAAUAAUUUCAACUUUACACAUUCGUGAGUAGGCCUGGACUUUCAGGGUUAAAACCAACCACUAAGGAAUAGCGUACGAAACGAGACGUUUUACAGCAUUAUUAGAUGUUGACCUACGCUUUUCGUGUAAUUCAAAUACCACAAGAAUAAGUUUAUGAUUUGUCAAAAUCUGUUAAGACAUUGCGAUUUUGUUGUGGAAAAAGGUCCAGUGUUUUUUCAUCAUUUACUUUUACGGAAGACUUUCCAUUCUAUUGCACCAGUAAUUAUAAAAGAUCGAAAACUAACAAUAAAUCGAUGCACGUGAUUAUUCUACAUUAUUUACUAGUAAUAAAGAUACUAUGUCCAGAACGUAUACGCCACCUUAAGUCUCACAGUAAAUGACUAGUAAGAAGAUUUACUCACAACUCUAUUUGUUAUUAGUGCAAUAAGUACUUGUGUUAAUGCUAUGAGUUGAAACACGUGGAGAAUCUAUCGACGGCCACUGUGUGAAGACCCUUUUUAUGAUGUUGAAAUAGUUCACACCCAUAGCUUUAUAAAUAUAGAAAUUUCUUUGACACUACUGAUAGAGAAAACUAUAACUGUUACAGUGGGUUAUAUAUCCUUAACGAUCUGUGUCUAUAUAUAUAUAUAUAUAAUUAAAACCAUUUAACAAAACUAAUUGGAAAUUUGUUUUCUAAUUUAUUUCCGUCCGAGUUUAAGAAAUGCAAACAACUCAAUAAAACGUGUUUUUUUGUCAUUUUUCUAUCUAGAGGUAAAGGUUUAUAUUGUGAGUGAAAUUGUUCCUUUCGUUAAAAGAAAAAAUAACGAAUGUUUUACACGCAGUUGUUAAUAUCUUUUUAAUCUAUACAUUUUGGUUUCUUAACACCUUUCAUUCUUUAACCAUUAUGAUCCUUUCUUGCUGGUACAAAUAAAUGUUUAAAUAUAUGUAUUGAACAAAUGCUAUUUUUCUUAUGUUGAAGUAAAUUUCGACGUAUUUUGAUUCUAUAUUCGUGAAACUUAGAUAGAGAAACUGAUGCUUAAAAACUGAGAAUAUUAAAAAUAAUUUAUAGUUUGGUAAAUGAUAUGAGAAGCAAUAGAUAAUUACUCCUUAUAGGUUUCAAAGGAGCUACAAGUAUUCAGAAUAAUUGUCGAGCCCUACUUCAUAUGGUAAUUUUAGCUUAAAAGCAUAUUGUACAUAUGAAAUGUUUCGUUCUCAGUAAAGUACAAUUUUAAACAAACAAUGGCCUCUUUAGUUAGAAUUUAAACAUUACAGUAGCCCUUACCUCGUCGUAAAACAAACAAACGAACCCAUUUUUUUAUUUAAACUAACUUUUGAUUCUGAACAAAACCAGGGUUCAAUCACGUGAAAAUAACAGAUUUAUAUUACACGACAGAUUAUGCCCCUUUAUAACGAUUAAACAAGAUGGUAGCUCCAUGAUGACAAGUGAUAUAUUAUUUCUUACAAAAAUGGGGAAAAUAAUACAUCAAUAUGACGUGUUAGAUCUGUAAAUUGUAAGAUGGGUUAAGGUAGAGUAUUAUAAAAUUAUUCUGACCCCUCAGACAUAACUAUUUCACACGUAACAUCUUAAAACUAAAAAAAGAAAAAGAAAAAAAAGCCAAAGGUGAGAAGGACCUUGAAGGCUUCCUUUUACAUAUAUAGCAAAGAUAAUCUAGUUUGGCUAUUAAUCCAUGCAUAUAAUUUACAUCACUUUAAAUAUAUCGGAAGAAAAUCCACCUUACCAUAACACUUGCACGGUGAGUUUACAGAAUGGAUCAUAUAAAGGAUGAUUUUACAGGUUGGAGAAUGUAUAA